GGUGGUGUGGACAAAAACACAGUGCGACCUUCUUUGUUCCGCAUCCUUGUGUCUACGUUUUGGGCGCAGUUCUUGGUGACUCAGGUCCUCAUGCUUGUCUACACGCUUCUACAGUUUGUAAACCCUAAUGUCCUCAGCGCCCUGCUUCGACUACGUGAGAAACCGAGAGCAGAACCAGGCGUGGGUCGGCUACGUGCUGGCAUGCUCCUUUUGUGUGACAUCCCUCAUCCAAACCUGCAUCAACAACCAGGCUCAGCACACAAUCAUGCCACUGGGCAUGCGCAUCAAGAGUGUCAUCAUUAGUGCAGUUUAUGACAAAGCCUUAACUAUGAGCCACGAAUCCAAACGGUACUCAACAGUGGGUGAGAUCGUGAACCUGAUGUCAACUGACUGUCAGAGGUUGCAGGACGUAGCCUCGUUUUUGUACAUGACUUGGUCCGCUCCUCUUACCAUUGCCAUCGCUAUUUAUCAGCUCUGGGGCAUCUUAGGUGCGGCAUCUCUAGCAGGAUUAGGUGUUCUCCUACUUGUCAUUCCGCUCAAUGCCGUUGUUGUCAGCAAAAAGAAAACUCAGAUUGCCACGAUGCGCAUCAAGGACCAGCGUCUUCGCCUCAUGACGGAAGUGUUGGGUGGAAUCAAGGUACUUAAGUUGUACGCUUGGGAGCCGUCCUUUGAGAAGAAAGUAUUGGAAUAUCGAGACAGAGAACUCAGAAACCUGCUGCUGAUUGCAUACCUCAACUCCUGCACGACCUUCGUGUGGACCUUAGUGCCGUACUUGGUGACACUUGCAUCCUUUGCUGCCUAUAUUCUGACGUCAGAGCUGGGUUACCUGGAUUCCACAACGGCUUUUGUUUCUUUGUCUCUGUUCAACAUCAUGCGGCAACCAAUCAACAUGCUUCCGCAAGUCAUUCCGUCCCUUAUUCAGGCCGCUGUGUCAUUGGAUCGGGUGAACACUUUCUUGAACUGGGGUGAUAUCAGUCCUGAUAAUGUCAUCAAAGACUCUUCAGCGGCUGACGUCAUUGCAAUCAAAGAUGGCGUCUUCAGAUGGGACAGCGAGAUUCCCAAGCCCACGCUGCGAAACAUUAACUUGAAUAUUCCUGAGGGAAAACUGGUUGCGGUUGUCGGGCCUGUAGGAUGUGGCAAGUCUUCACUGCUGGCAGCCAUGUUAGGAGAGAUGGAAAAACUACAAGGAAGAGUCGUUGUCAAGAACUCUGUUGCCUAUGUGCCUCAAGAAGCUUGGAUCCUAAACGCUACGGCUCGCGACAACAUUCUUUUCGGCAGCUCCAUGUCCCAACGGCAAUACGAUCACGUGAUCGAGGCAUGCGCACUGCAGGCCGACUUCAACAUUCUCGUUGAUGGAGAUAUGACAGAGAUCGGUGAAAAGGGUAUCAACAUCAGUGGCGGUCAGAAACAGCGGAUCAGCCUUGCCCGCGCUGUGUACAGCGACGCCGACACCUACCUGCUAGAUGAUCCCUUGUCAGCAGUGGACAGUCACGUGGGCAAGCACAUCUUCCAACACGUCAUCGGCAACCAGGGGCUGCUGGCUAACAAAACGCGAAUCCUAGUAACACAUGGAGUUCACUGGCUACCAAUGACUGACCUCAUCGUUGUCAUCAACGACGGCGUUAUCUCGGAGAUGGGCAAGUAUGAGGACCUGCUGGCCAAGGAGGGUGACUUCGCCAUUUUCCUCAAAACUUACCUUGCCAUGGAGAACGAGUCUGAACAAGAAGAAGAAGAAGAUCCAGAAGUUUUGGAAAUGAAGGCUAGGAUGCUUCAACGGUUGGAGUCGAUUACGUCGGAUACACAUACGUCAGGUGAUGAAAAAGUUAAAGAGUUUGAAAGCAGCUUAAAGAAGAGAAAGCUAAAUCGCCAGAGAAGUCGUACUGUCUCAGAAACUCAUUCCACGUCUGUAAAAAUUGUUCCUGAGAAGAAACCUGCAACAAAACUUAUCGCUGAGGAGCAGUCGAUGAAAGGCGAAGUACAACUGUCUGUGUACCGCUUGUACUUGACGGCAAUGGGAACUUUCGCCUGGAUCUUCAUCAUGGGUUUCUUCCUCCUGUACCAAGGGGCAUCACUGGGAGCUAACAUAUGGCUGAGCGAGUGGACUGAUGACAGCACUCUGGCCAACAUCUCCAUGGCGGGUACCAAGGAGUACAACGACCUUAAUGCUCUCUACCUCGGUAUCUAUGGAGGACUGGGAGCCGUGCAAGCCACGUUCUUACUGGGGUAUGCCAUCGUCUUCAACACCCGAGUCGUGAAGGCAGCAGGGAACAUGCAUGCUGAGAUGCUGUCACGUAUUCUGAAAGCGCCAAUGAGUUUCUUUGACACAACGCCAGUUGGACGAAUAGUUAACAGGUUCUCUCGUGACGUGGACACGCUGGACAGUGUGCUGGCUUGCGUGCGCCAGAGCAUGAACAGCACGGGCAGCAUGCUGACCACCGUCAUCCUCAUCUCCUACAGCACUCCUGUCUUUUUAGCCAUCAUCAUCCCACUGGGUAUCCUCUACCGGCUUGUCCAGCAAUACUACAUCCGAACAUCGCGACAACUGAGACGUCUGGAGUCGACCACGCGGUCCCCCGUGUACACUCACUUCACGGAGACUAUACAGGGGGCCAGCUCGGUGCGGGCCUACGGUGCUGUGGAAGAUUCAUCCAAGGAGUCGCAGGACAAAGUGGACAAGAACCUCGUGUGCUACUAUGCGUUUGUGGUUUCUCAGAGGUGGCUGGGAGUGCGUCUCGAGAUGCUUGGAACCCUGGUGACCCUGUCGGCGGCCCUGUUUGCAAUCAUAGACACCAGCUUGUCCAGUGGUCUUGUCGGCCUCUCUGUCACCUAUGCCAUGAACGUGACUGGUGCUUUGAACAUGCUUGUACGUGCCUCUACACAGCUGGAAACGAAUAUCGUGUCUGCUGAAAGAAUCAAAGAAUACGCUGAAAAUGAAAUAGAGGCAGAUUGGGAGAGACCUGAGAAAGCGCCCCCUACAGGCUGGCCACAAGAAGGAAAGAUAGUGUUUAGUGACUACACCACACGUUACAGACCUGGUUUGGACCUGGUACUGAGAGGCAUUUCCUGUCAUGUCAGUGGAGGUCAGAAGGUGGGCAUCGUAGGUAGAACAGGGGCCGGCAAAUCGUCCUUAACCUUGGCUUUGUUCCGCCUGAUUGAGGCGGCUAGCGGCAGGAUAGACAUUGACGGGCACCACACAGGGGCACUGGGGCUGCACGACCUGCGCAGGAAUCUAACCAUCCUUCCACAGGAUCCAGUCAUCUUUUCCGGAACGUUGCGCAUGAACCUUGACCCUACAGACCGGCACACAGACUCCGACCUGUGGAACGCCCUCAAACUGGCUCAUCUACAUGAAUUCGUCUCAGGCCUUCCGGGCCAACUAGAGUAUCAGUGCGGCGAGGGUGGUCAAAAUCUCAGUGUCGGUCAAAGGCAGUUGAUGUGUCUCGCCCGCUCUCUGCUGCGCAAGACGAAAAUUCUGGUUCUUGACGAAGCUACAGCUGCUGUUGACAUGGAAACGGACGACCUCAUUCAGCAGACAAUACGGUCAGAGUUCAAGGACAGCACUGUACUGACCAUCGCACACCGUUUAAACACCAUCAUGGAUUAUGACAGCAUCCUGGUGAUGGACGAAGGUCUUAUCAGAGAGACAGGAUCCCCACAGGAGCUACUGCAGAACUCAAACGGUGUGUUCUACGGCAUGGCCAAGGCUGCUGGACUGGUGUAAACCCCUUAACACCUGUCUACCUUCUGAAGUCGACGGAUGUUCAAACAAAAGACACACGAAGACACGAAGAAACAGAACUAAAACCUUCAGCUAGCUAUACAGUCAGCAACAGAACCUGAUGAACAAGCGGGGUCGGCGCACGAUCCCUAAUGUGCUGUCUUCCCCAAACUCUGUGUGUGUGUGUGUGUGCUCGCUUGUAUUUGCGUGUAUUCGUAUGGAGGGAGAGAUUUCAUUUAAACUGAUUUCAUUUAAUUAUUUAAACCUCGUGCAUCUCUGUUGCCCUACAUGAACUGUGAAAAAAUCGUAACAUAUCACCAGAUAUUCAUGUCAGGUUCUGACAUUGUUAGUAAGCAGAGCCUCAUCAAAUAGCUGUUCAAAAAAAAGCCCUAAUAGUAUUAUUCUAGGCUGGAAAUUUUUUAUAUUUAUAUUUUGUCAAAUCAUAUGUCCACGCUGUUACUUUGUACAUACUUAUAUGCAUACAUGCGUGUUUUGGUGGCAUCGCCAAUACUAGACAGUCGGACGAGUAACCACAAAUUUCCGCGACUCUGGUCUCACUUUGUCGUCUCGCGUUCUUGUCUUUAUUUAUAAUUUUAUCGAAGAAACAAAGUUUAUUCGGUACUUGAUAUUUAAAUAAACUCCAUAUUCCAAA